AUGUCUACCGAGUUACAAACAAAACUUCAUAAUUUCUUAGUUAAUGCAGAAGAACAGCAAAUAACCUCAGGAUCGGUCAUCUAUAAAGCUAUAGAAGACAAUCCAUGGGUAGAAAAAGAUGAAUUAAAAGAUAUUAUAAAAAAGGCGGUAUCAUUUGCUAAAAAGAGAAGUAUUCAGGGUUCCUUGCAAUACGGAAUACUUUGUGAUAUUAUCCCAGAGAAAGUAGUUCCAAACAUGGUGCCUGAAUCUCUUCUGCCAAUCAUAGAAAAUAGAUGUGGUGAAUUUGUAAGGAAUUUCAUUACUUCUGGUCAUACUCAGUUAUCUCAGGCGCUUAUACAUGAUGGAAAAUGGAAGGAGUCAGACGAAAAGUUAGCUGAAAAGAUAGAUGAUGAUGCCGUAAAGUUAUGGCGCGAAACAAACAACGGUAUGUAUUGGGUCUACAAAGGUUGUAGACCUGAGAAAGAUGAAUUUGGGAUAAUCGGAUUACAAGUCGCAGGACCUCUGUUACGAUUAACGGUACUUAUUAGGGAUAGUGCCAGUUUUAUAAAAACUUUAUUGAUACUCCGUAAUAUUUUAAUAGUUAACAUGACAUUGAUACCUCACGGGUCUUUACCCAAGUCAGAAAGACAAAAAGAAAAUAGUUCAACCGUUGAUUCUGAUUCAGAUUAG